AUGCAUCAGAUGCACCACCAGAUGCACCAGAUGCAUCAUCCCCAUUCCCAUCCCGACCCCGACCACGACUAUGAAUACGACCUCGACCCCGAACCUGAACCCCCGCGAAGGAAAUCCCACCGACGGAGGCCUGAGCUUAACAUAAAUACAAUCAUCAGCGCCAGCGCCAGCGACCCGCCGGGCCUCACCACCCCCUUGUCGCCGCCUCCCCCGCCCCAACUGCCCUACAAGUCCUCCUCCAGGAGUCUGAGAUCCUCCGCAGCCGCCGCCGCCGCAUCGUCGUCGACCACCGUGACCAUAGCCGCCGACCCGACCUCCCCCUACUCCUAUUCCUCCUCCUCGCGCCGCCAUCCUCCUGUCUCCUCCAAGGGCAAGCAGGCCGCUGCUUACCACCGCUACGCUUCUUCCUCUUCCUCUCCUCCCUCCGCGAAGUUUCCCGCUCAGGCCUACGGCGCGUACGAAAGGGAUGCACGACACGCCGACCCGGAAAGUGGCACAUACGACCCGGACUUCGAUUGGGCCAAGAACAACCACCGAGGCUUCGAAACCUUCCUCGACCCGCUCUCUCCCGACGACAUGUCGAACAAGGAAAAUGACUUUCCUGCUGAAUACGACCGCGACAGGGACCACCACACCACCGCCUCGACUCCCCCGUCCCGCCCCCAGCCCCGUCCGCGCGACUCCCACGACCUCUCCCUCUCGCCCCGAAAUGUCACGCGCGACUCGCUCCUCGGGAAUAUGCUCCUGUCCCUCGACCAAUUCAGCAUGGGUCAGAUGAAUUGCGCCCAGGGCGGUGGAGCCCAGCGCACCAUGUCUGGUUUCGCCGAGGAGUCCAAUUACUACGACGACGAUGCACCCGUCGCCGCCGCCGCCUCCAGGACAAUGACUAGCACAUCGAGGGCGCCCAGGCGAGGACACGGCCACUCGUACAGCUCCGACUACGAGGACAACUCGAGCACACUGUCGCGCGGCCAGCGGAGCAACAGCAGCUCCACCGGCUUCCAGUCUAACCUGGGCAGGAUCAACAGCAUGCGCGAGAUGUCCAGCCACCGAAACACAAACGGCGCACCUGGGUCGAGACCGUUACACUCAAGAGGGGGUAGGGGUAGCAAGAGCAGUAGUACAAACAGCAUCGAUGCAGGAGGAGGAGGUUACGCACAAGUCCUCGGCAGCCAGCGCUGGGCACACGGCCUAGGCUCGAAGCGCUCCUCGAGCUUCGAGCUGGCCCGCCGCCCGUCCUUUGGCGUGCAGGCCGACCAGCACCAACAACACUACCACCAGCAACACCAACCACAACAACAACAACAACAACAGAACCAGCGGCGGCCGUGGCAAUUGGAACUCUCCGAGUCAUUUGCCGGCGACGACUACGAUGCUGCACCGACUCCAACAGUUCCUGUCGGACCUCGUCGGCUGCCUAAUAUGCCGUCAAUGCCGUCCUUCCACCGCGCCGAGCCCAUGGGCGAACCCCUCUCCCCUGUCCGCUCCAUCAAUCUCGAACGCAAACGCAGCAACAAAUCCUCACGCAGCACAAACACCAGCCGACAGGGCCAGUCCAGAUUUAACCACCGCGAUGCACCUCCCGUCCCUACGCCCGCGCCCCAGCCCGCAUCCGUUCCCACUCCUGAGCUAGAUGCCGCCCCGGCGCCACACGUUGGCUAUGAGAAGGCCAAAGAGCCCGUGCACCAGCCCGCUCAAAACUCUGUUCCGCAGCCAAAGGAAAGGCCUGGCUUCUUCAAGAGGAUGUUUGGCGGCGGCUCAAAGAACAGCGUCGUGGCCGCCCUGGAUCAAUCGGCAAACUCCUCGGUGGUCUCCAACUCGUCUAACAACUCCACCCCGCUCACCAGUGCCAUGGGCAGUAAUAACUCCAACCAGGUUUCAUCUUCACAGCCAAAGUCAGGCAGCAAUCCGCCAUCGCGGGGCUCGCAGAAUCACUCAUCGCAUGGGCUCCAGAAGAAGCCGUCGAGUUUCUUCAGACGCCGCAAGAAGUCCGUCUCCGUUGCCGAUGCCGAACUGCCUCGCGUGCCACCCCUGCUCGCCGCCCCCACCAUCUCCCCAGUGCAACUCCCCCCGGCCCCGUCUCAGCGCCUCGAGGUCCUCACCCCUCGCGCGCAACCAAGCCCCGUCACCAGCCUCAGGAAGGCUAUGGACCCCUACCUGACACACUCGGGAUCAUCAUCGGGUCUAGCCACUCCUCGCCAGCCUCCCGAUGACCUGUCGCCAGUACAUCUCUCUGAGGCCGGUACCAACAACCGCGCUAUGGACCGAACCGUUCGAAGCUUCUCGCCCGACUAUGAGCCGGACCCAAUGGCAACGAUACGCUCAGUGCCAUCGGAGUCGAGGGGCAGGGACGCCGGUGCCUCUGCUGGCGAGGCACAGAGAAGGACGACAACACCCUUAGGAGAAGAGCCUCCAAGACCACUUUACAAUUACGAGCGCACGGGCUCCUUCUUGCAUGACAACAGCGAAAGCGAAGAAAGCCCUCCACGGGUCAGGAAGCCAGAUCCUCAAUUGGUCGCGAACGGCCACCCAAGAUCACCAAACGACGUGGGCCGCGCGUCGCUGGCCCCACUGCAGACAAAUCAACCCAUGUCCUCGACGUCCUUGAACACGACGAGAGACAAGAAGAUGGACAGGUUGACACAAGACAGCCUCAGCACGAUCAAGAGCGAGCGACACACCAGCCUGCAACUUCCGAUUGAGGGCGCCCUCACGGACCCAAAGCUUAACACGCGUGCUUCAGCAGCUAGUAUCCCAAGUCUCAUGGUCGAAGACUCGGAACCCAACUCCAAGGUGACCACACCAAAGCCUGACAAUCCCCUCGAUGAGCCAUUCUUUGUCGUGGGCGACCCAACCGAAGAUGACCGAGCGAAGGCCCAGAAGAUCUAUGAUGGCAACGAGGAGUUCAUACCCAAAGACAAGGCUGCCUCGUGGAUGGGCGAGGAGGGCCUGAUCCGGCAAAGAGUGUUGCAAGCGUACAUGGACCUGUACGAUUUCAAGAGCAAGAACAUCGUGACAAGCCUGCGGGAUGUGUGCAAUCGUUUGAUCCUCAGGGCAGAAACUCAGCAGGUCGACCGGAUCCUAGUGGCAUUCUCCAGUCGUUGGUGCAAUUGCAAUCCGAAUCAUGGAUUCAAGUCCACCGACGUCAUCCACACCAUCUGCUAUUCCAUCAUGCUCCUGAACACCGAUCUGCACAUGGCCGAUAUCGAGCAGAAGAUGACCCGAAGCCAGUUCAUUAAGAACACAAUGACGACUAUAAUACAAGCUUUGGGCGAAUCUGUUCCUGAAAUGUUCAACAAGAGGGGGAGCGUUCUGCCAGGCAAGGGCCUCAACCUCGACGACGGGGACGGACACGUCGAACACGAGAGAUCGAGCUUCCGCAAUUCGUUCGUCAAGUUCCCCAUGCGAGCUGGAUCUGCGCUCGGUGAUGCGCCAACGGAGCUCGACGAUUGUGGCCCGCUGGUCAAGGCUCCCUUUGAAGGCUCGUUGAAAGCCUGGGAAUCUCAAAUGGAACAAGUACUGAAGGACACGUACGCUUCGAUCCGGGAUGAACGAUUGCCAUUAUUUGGAGCGGAGCAGCCUCCGCAGGAACAGCAGCCUUCUGGCGGCUUGUCUGUAAUGGGCAUGCUGAAGCGUUCGCCCAGCGUCCUCAGCAAGGCCCCUUCGGAAAAUCCGUCCACACGAGGCCGGGUUCCCGACUCGAUGCGCGCAAGCAACUCGCGUUGGUCCUCCAAGAGUCGAUCCAGGCCGCGUGGUUUCGGCAGUGCAGGCUUCUCUUCCAGCAGGACGAGCUUCGACGACGGCCAGUCCAUGUGGAGUCCUGUUGAGUCCAACGCAACAUGGAGCCGAGCUUCCCUGGGUAGGACACAGACGUCCAUGUCUAUGGACUCCUUUGGCUCGCACUUCACACGUGGUGGGGGCUACCAGCAGUCCAUCGGCUUUGCCAAUGCUCUGAGCCAAGCCAUUAUCCGGGAGGACCCUGUGGGCAGUGUUCAGUCCCUCGUUAGUGACGAGCUGAAGCCCACACAGCUGCUCGACGAUGAGUCGCUCGAGCUCGCCGGCCCACCCUGGGUCAAGGAGGGCAUGGUUGUUCACAAGCACCACCUGGAUGGCGUUGACAAGAAGGCCAAGGAACGUAACUGGUCCGAGGUCUUUGCCGUCAUCCAAAAGGGUACCAUAAGCAUUUUCUCCUUCACGCCAAACAAGUCCACGGCUCGCCGCGGCCGCAAUGCUCAGAACAUUAAGAAAGGUGCAGUGGUCGGUGGUGGUAAUUGGCAGGAGAAUGCCACGUCCCUAGGCUCAUGGAGCCUCCGACUGGCCCUUGCAUCCACUCUUCCACCUCCGGGUUAUUCGAAGCAGAGGCCACACGUCUGGGCUCUGUCUCUGCCUACCGGCGCAGUGCAUUUGUUCCACGUCGGUACGCCCGAGAUAUGCAAGGAGUUUGUCACAACUGCCAAUUACUGGAGCGCCAGGCUUAGCACGCACCCUCUGAUUGGCGGUGUUUCGAACAUGGAGUACGGCUGGAGCGAUUCCAUCAUUAACAACGCACUCGUGACGGCCAUCAAUGAGAACACUGGCUCAACCACCGCAAGCUCUACAGCAGGUCGACAGCGCAGCAACAGUGCCGUUGGCCGCUCGAGCAUGCAUUCACGCGGCAGCAGCUUCCGUUCCGUCGGCUCGUUUGACUUUGGCAGCUCCAGCAUCCGGGGCGACUCGUCCAACAAGCUCCCUGGCGACCGCAUCACCAUCUCAGAGUGGAUGCCGCCGACACAGUCGAUGCGGCCGUCCAACUCGCCCGAGAAGGAGCAGCUCGAGACGCUGCUCAAGUACGUCAAGAGCAUCGAGGACGAGCUGCAACAGCACAACUCGCUGCGCAGCCCGAUGUUGCUAGCAUUCAGCCCGCGUGGUCCCAAUGUCCAGAAGGCCAUGGCGAACUGGGAGCGCAAGAGCAGCUAUCUCCUGCGGGAGAUUGUCAAAUUCCGGACCUACGUGGACUGCCUGCAGCACGCUGAGGUGAGGAAGGCCGAGAUCUGGAGGGAGAGGGAGGUUGCGAGGCGAGCGGCCAGAGGCAGCCUCGACCUGGAGGACGACGCGAACGACGUCGAUGGCCACCGCAUUUCACGGCGCGACUGGGACGAUGGUGGUAGUGAUCGUGGACAUCCCGAUAGUAUCUAUGAGAUGGGCGACGAGCCCGUAAUGGAAGAGGGUGAUCAGGAUGCCACCCUGAGGGCCCGUUCAUGA